CUAUCUAGAUUUUUGAGUGUCUUACCUAUCUUUAUACUUCCCUUGUAUGCUCUCGCUUUUGAACAGAUUCUUCUUUGUGGAUUUCUACCAGGCCUCAGAUGGUGAGGGUGUGUGUAUUCUUUUGAGUACAAUAGUUCCGUCAUCUAUAGUUUCAUUUCUGUGAUUUCCCUUACCCCAGAUCAACUCUGGUCUGAAGAUAUUAAAUAGAAAAAUCCAGAAAUGAAUAAUUCAUAAAUUUAAAAUUGCACACUGUUCCAAGUAGUGUGGCGAAGUUUCCUGCCACUCUGCUCCAUCCUGCACAGAGUUAUGUCACCCCCUUGUCCACUGUAUGCAUGCUGUGUGUGCUCACCCGCCUGUCAGUCAUAUAAUAGUUAUCUUGUUUACCAGCUAAACUGUCACAGUAUUGCAGUACUUGUGUUCAAGCACUCUUAUUUCAUGUUAUGAUGGCCACAAAGUUUGAGUAGUGAUGUUAGCAAUUCACCUAUGUCAAAGAAUUUCUUUUAAAUGGAAAGGGGAAAAUUCUUGACUUAAUGAGGAAAGAGAAAAAAUUGCAUGCUAAUUUGCUCAGAGAUUGUACUACCUGUGGUUUCAAGCAUCCAUGAAACCACAGGUCAUGAAAUUACUGGACUUUUUUUUCCCAUAUUGUGGACAAAUGUUUAGCUAUAUCAGUAGUAUUCCAAGGAAGUGCUGGUCAAAUAAUGAGUUUCUCAAAUACUUUUUCUCAUGGUCUAUCUUUGGUGUAAAUAUAUUAUCAAAGGACUAAGAUCUCAUGGCAAAUGGUUAUUACAUUUUCAUAAUGGUAGCUUACAUUUGUUUUGUAUGUUGUAGCUUACAAACCACUUUCACACAUUCCCUGUUGUUUAAUUUUUACAGCUAUUCCCUGAGGUCAGAAAAAUCCUUUUACUCACAUAUGGUUGGGACCAAUGAUUGUCUGGUUAACUGAUAAAAUAGAUAUGUUAGACAUUUUAUUUUAACCUAAAAUGUAUAAAUGUAUGUUUAUCUGUUUAUCUUUUGGUGGGCCUUUUCUUUGGGAAUCAGCUAAUUGUAGUUCAAAGUCAUUUUUCUUGCAUAAAACUACUUCUUAAUAUGUUAUCUUUGACUUCCUGUUACUUUCUGAAAAUUUUUAUUUCUAAGGAGGUCAAUAAUUUAAAGCAAUCUGUAUAUAUCAGGCAUUUUAAACCCAGUAUUUUAAAUUUAUUUCAUCUGUACCUAGUUUUUUAGUAAGUAUUUUAGAGACUUGCCUUUGAGUCUUUCCCAAGCAUUUAACUUUCAUUGACCACAAAACACUCUUUUCAUAUCUAUAUUUCACUUGUUUAUAAUAAAUUGAAUUAAAUUACCCAAUUGUGAAAAUAAGUACAAUUGGCAUCAAUAGGUUUGGAAUGAAACAGUUUAUGGAUACGUGUAGAAAAACGAGAGUGCACUGUGACCAGGAAGGCCUUACCUAGCCUCAAUUUUUAGCUAGGAAUCAAGGGGCUUUCUCUAGCAGGUGAGGCUAAGUAUGGUGACUGAGAGUCGCAGCUAUAGCAGGGAUUAUCCUUCUCUGUCCCUGUGGUGACACUGGCUUGUGGAGGGUAAGUGGUGCAACAGUGUUUAUACCAAUGAUGGAGCUGGACCUCACACCCAGGUUGUUGCUUCUAAGCCUCAUAGUCUUGUUUUGCUUGGUUUGCUCCUGUGUCCCACAACUGUUCCCACUGGUGCGUUGGCAUAACAUGACCUAUUCUAGCAAAAAAACCCAAAACAUGCAUUGCAUUGAAGAAGGUUUAUUUGGAUGCUGGCCAAGGGCGUUUAUUGAAAAGAUGUGUUAAAAAAAAAAAAAACCUCAUUGUGUACUGAUUAUUAAGAUUACAUUAAUGCAUCCUGAAAAUAAUGUAGAAGCGAAUGUAUUCUUAAGGCAAUUCCAAAACAGACAUAGAAUUUAAAAGAUGCAUUUACUUACAUUCAUUUAUUGUAUACACAUUUGUAAUUCUUUGGGUGGGGGCAGAGGACAGAUUUAAAUACCCAUGGAGUUCUACCAUCUCACUUUUUAAAGAUCAUUCAGUGGAUUUCUGAGAAUGCUUCUGCCUGCCAUUCAUUUGACCUCAUUCAGGAAUUUCUAAUUGCUUCUUCCUAUUGGAGUGUGUACCUGGAGUCAAGUAACGUGGACACACUCUUGCCAUAUUCCUCAGUGCUCACUUGGAACUGGCUGUUCCAUCCCGUCAGCUGUUAUUUAAAGAAUGGUUCCCUUCCCAGGCAAGAGAUAGGCUGUGUUCACUGCUAUUUAUGCGCCACGAAGUUUAUUUAAAGUAGAAGUUAGCACACUGGAAGCUGGCCUCAGCCCUGUCUGCACAGAAGAAACUUCCUGAGGGCUUACGCCUGCAGUGGUUGAUACUUGAGCAGUGGCAUGUAUGUUUUUUCCCCACCGUAGGAAAUUCCUGGGAUAACCCUUGUGACGGAAGAGAUCUCAUUGCCUCUGAUGAAGGUCCAUAGCUUGAAGGGCUACUGGGAAAAACUGAACUACAACCUGGAAUAUGUUAAGUACACCAAGCCACACUUACACUAUCACAACAGUGUGGUUAGGAGAGAGUGGCACAACCUGGUCUCUGAAGAGAAAACAGGAAAAAGAAGGUCCACGGCAUAUGUGAGGAAUAUUCUUGAUAAUGCAGUAAAGGUGAUUUCUAACAUAGAAGCAAGGAAAUCAGGGCCAAGAUUAAUGCCCCUGUUGCAGGAGGAGGACAGCCACCAGCGGCUGCUUAUGGGGUUGAUGGUGUCUGAGCUAAAAGACCAUCUUUUGAGACACUUACAGGGCGUGGAAAAGAAGAAAAUUGAACAUAUGGCCCUGGACUACGUUUCGAAACUGCUGGAUCUCAUUUGCUGCAUUCUGGAAACCAGCUUGAGGAAACAUAAUCUUCACUCUUGGGUUUUCCACCUCAAUAGACUUGGCAGUGCUGCUGAGUCUGCAGUCUUUCACAUUAUGACCAGGAUUUUGGAAGCUACUAGCAGUUUGUUUUUACCUCUGCCGCCUGGUAAGUGUUGGCUCUUUUGUCCUUUGGUGUGAUAAAUGAUUCUUUCUUCUUCACGUGUCCUCUGGCAUUGGCACAUUAGAAUUUCAUGAUGAGACUGGUGUGUUAGUAAUUGUGUGCCUGUGUCCCUGUGAGAUAUGGGCCUAGAAGCUGGUCCCUGCUGGCAACCCCCACCUCCUGACCGCUAAACUGUGCUGUAGCUUGUUUCCUCCUUUUGGAAACCUUGACUGGUCCCCAUGCAAAUUUCUAGGGUAGUUUAACCUUGAGCUGUUUUCUGCUUUUCUCUUUGGUCAUUCUGUUCCUUCGUGCUUUUCAGCUGUCCUACCUCUUCUUUUGUGAUUUCUGAUGCUCUUUCUCUCUUUUGAUUUCUGAUGCUUUUCCUUUCUUUCUCUCUUUAGAAUAGUCUCUCCUUUGUUACUGGACACUCCUCAUUCAUGGAGUCAAAGCAGGGGAUACUUCUAACCCACCAUCUUCACAAUACAACAUUACCAAUAGGCAAAUGUUGUAUAGUAGAUCUCCAGAACUUACUCACCGUCCAUAACUGAAACUUUUUAUACCCAUUGAAUAGCAAUACUCCAUGCCCCAUCUUCCUGGCCCUAGUAACCGCCCUUCUAUUCUCUGGUUCUAUGAGUUUGACUAUUUUAGAGACUUCAUAUAAGUAUAAUCAUAUAGGAUUUGUCCUGUGACUAGCUUAUUUCAACUACUAUAAUAGAGAUAUUGUCACAUAUGGUAGGAUUUCUUUCUUUUCAAAGACUGAAUAGUAUUCCAUUUCCUGUAUAUUCUAUAUUUUCUUUAUACAUUCAUCUGUCAAUGGACAUUUAUGUUGUUUCUAUACUUUAUCUAUUAUGAAUAAUGCUCUAAUGAACAUGAGAGUGUAUAAAUUUCUUUAAGAUCCUGAUUUCAGCAAGGCACUGGCUCAUGCCUGUAAUCCUAGCUAUGUGGGAGGCAGAGGUUGGGAGGAUCAUGGUUUGAGGCCAGCGUGGACAAAAAGCUAGCAAUAUCUCAUCUCAACAAUUAAGCUGGGCAUGUUGGUGCAGGCCUAUCAUCCCAGCUAUGUGGGAGACAUAGAUAGGAGGACUGCAUUCUGAGGUUGGCGUGGCCAAAAAACCCCACAAGACCCUGUCUGAAUAAUAACUAAAACUAAAAGGGCUGGAAGCAUGGCUCAGGGGGUAAAGCAUGUGCCCAGUAAGCAGAAAGCCCUGAGUUCAGGCCCUAGUUCCACCAAAAAACAAGAUCCUGAUUUCAUUUAUUUUGGAUAUCUACUCAGACGUGAGUUCUAGAUUACAUGGUAUUCUAUUUUUUGGUCAUAUUUUGUUGAUUUCAGUACUUCUUUUUAUUAUUUCUG